ACUAUUGAGUAGCAAAGUAGGUGUAUGUAAUAGGAUGAUCCCUACACCAUUAAUGACUCCUCACUAGUUAUAAAAUUUUCACACACCCUGGAAUCUCACUUUCACAGCCCAAAAUCCAAAAUCCAAAAAAAAUGACAACACCAGGGGAAAAGCUACAAGAAAUUCAACCUCAAACUCACAAAAUGCAAAAAUCCCAACUUUACUUCAAUCCAUUGAAGACCCUUUUCUUCUUGAUUCUUUUCAGCCAUGCCCAGAUGAGAUUUUGUUCUGGGGUUUCAGUUCUUGACCUUAAAUCAGUUAAAGAUAGUAACUUUAACCUAAUGGGGAAAAGGGGUUGUUCAGAAAAGCUUCAAGAAUGCUCAGAAAUGGUGGAUGAAGAAGAUAUGAUGGAUAGUGAAAGUAAUAGAAGGGUUUUGCUUAUGCAAAAAAAGUACAUUAGUUAUGGUACAUUGAAGAGGGAUUUGGUGCCUUGUAAUACUCCUGGUGCUUCAUAUUAUAAUUGUCAAGCUCCUGGUGCAGCUAAUAAUUACAACAGAGGAUGUGAGAUUAUUACAAGGUGUGCUAGGGAGGAGUUCAUUCACGCGCUGAGAAGACUCUUUUUUCUGGAACAAUUCGUCUUUAUUUGCAUGAAGAUGUACCAAAAAUGUGAAAAGGUUGAAAUAUACAAUGCACUUGCUGAAAAAAUGUUAGGUAAAGGUCCUCUUCUGAUUCAACCCGCCCCCCAUACGGGAGCCUGGCACACUGGCCCAGAGUGGCCGGGUGGGUUGGGCUUGUCCCAGCCCAGCCCACUUGCCACCCUUAUACUGGUAUUUCUUUAACUUUAUAUUCCCAUUUAGUUGGAGUUGUUUAGUUCAACUUCUAAAUAGAGACAAAGUAUUUGAAGCAUAAGCUAUCCAUACUAACACCAACAGACACAAGUAGAUCAUCUUUUUUUUUUGUCUUCCUGUCAUGUCUCACAAAAUAAUGGUUCUUUAUCCAGUGGACCAACUAGUUGCUAUAUCUCGACACUCAGUGGAGACAAAACAUACUAGGUGAUUUCCUUGCACCCCUAAGCCGUGGCCGUGGCAGGUAGAGUUACUGGUACAUGUGUUGGUGGGAGGUAGCAGUUAUCUGAUGAAAUAGUUGAGCGAGAAAUCGUUGCAGUAAAUUUUAAAUCUACAGAGGAAAUAAUUUCAUUUUUUUUUACUUUAUCUAGAAAAUUUAUAAUAGUAGUAGUACUAUAUUCAUCUACAUUAAUUAGCAGAAUAAAUGCAUGCCUACUAGUAGAGAAAUUAUUAAUAUCUAUACUGACAUAUCUCUAUUUGGAUUGUUGGAAAGUAGAAAAAAAACUAGUAUGCCUAAUUAAUGUAAAAUGUUUUUCA